UAAGUCCCGAGGCAUAGUGGAAGCAUUGCUGUUUGUGGCUACUAAAACUUGCUUCGCUGUCCAGCUGCGUAUUUUGUACACAUUUAUCGAGCUAUAAAAACUUAGCGAGGCUGUUUAUUGGAACUGUCAGCUUUAGUCGUAUGCUCAUUUAUAGAGACAUACACGUAGGUUCGACAUAUUAUUUUAACACAACUGCGCGAGAGCGACGCUAACAGUUUCACUCUUGAAAAGGCAACACAAAGGAAAUGCGGCCGGUUAGUGUUGUGUAAAUUAUAAAUGAUUUUUUUUUUUUUUUACAUAUAGGGAGAGGCUUUCAAAUUCAUUUAAUCCCUGGUACGAGCCGAAACUGCAAAAAUUGUUGACUCAGGACUCGGGAUUUUUUUCAGACCGGUAUUUUUAAUGUUACGGCGAAUUGCAAAAUAGUACCAAACUAUUUAUUAUAUAUUUUUUUAAAAAUAUGAUCUCAAUGACACCAGCCAUGAAAAGAAACUCCUCGAAAAAUAAAAGUAGGGAACGAGCUGGCUGUCGUUUAAGCUAGAUAGGCUAGGUAGCGCAUGAGCUAUUGCCUUUUUUUUUCUUCGAAGGCGGCUGUCUUUUCCUUUCCUGCUUUUUACUUGUAACCAACGUGUUUGCUUUGUGACUUGACUCUGUGAAAAGUAAAUCAUUGUGUACAUAAAGGAGCGCUCAGGCGUGUUUGUCCAAGCUAAUAUGCUAGCGGGGCUACUGCUAACAUAGCUAGGCUAGCAUUCUGUGGUGGUUGUGGGUUGGGUGGCAUCGACGCGGACAAUGGCAGCACCCUCGACCGAAGCGGUGUUCUUGAUUAAAGACGUCAAGCCCGGCUCGAAAAACCUCAAUAUUGUAUUCAUCGUGUUGGAAAUAGGACGAGUGACCAAGACGAAAGACGGUCAUGAAGUGCGAUCCUGCAAGGUGGCGGACAAGAGCGGCAGUAUCGCCAUCUCUGUUUGGGACGAGCUGGGCAGUCUCAUUCAGCCUGGCGACAUUAUCAAACUCACCAGAGGAUAUGCAUCGAUAUGGAAAGGCUGCCUGACACUUUACACUGGAAGAGGUGGAGAUUUGCAGAAGAUCGGAGAAUUUUGCAUGGUGUAUUCAGAAGUGCCCAAUUUCAGCGAGACAAAUCCAGAGCUGCUCGCUCAAGCAAACCAGCAAAACAAAUCAGGCAAACCUGACCAGAAUCAGAGGGGAAACUCUCCACCCAAUCAGAAUUCAGGUACACCUCCUGCACCAGGUAACGGCUCCAUGGCACCGUUUUCCGCCAACAAUAACAACAGCGGCGGCCCUGCACUGGGCGGGGCCCGCGAUUCUGCAUUCGGGCGGCCAAAUGGCCGGUCGCCUGGCAACGGAGCGAUGCCGUCAUCUGCCAGCGGACCCCCGUCUGCUGCAGCCAAGUCUUCGGUUAACAUUAGCAAUGGCAGGGACCCGCGACGUGCCAAAAGAUGAAAAGGGGUGGGCUGGGGAGGACCUCGCUACAUCAUUCUCCCUUUUAACCUGACUUCAAUUCAAAUCGAUAUUGACCGCUGUCACAGUCCAGUCACAUGUAGAGUAGCUGCGUCGUUCUUUAACACAGAUGAGACUGUGUCCUUAGUUGCUCAGAACGCUGCGGUUUCACUGUUGAACUCCUCCAAUCUACUCAAGCCCCUUUAGGCACCCACUAAAUGUUAGUAUCGCUUUAAAAUUCUGGCAUAUUAUAUAUAGCCUACAUGAAUGGUCUGUGGACUUUCUUCUCUUCAUUUCAAAGUGAGAAAAAUGUUCAUAGUCAUCAAAAAACCCAAAUUGUGUCAAUAGCGCUACAGAUUGAUCACCUAACCAAACUUCACCUGUGGAGGGCGUUAUAAAUUGGUGUUUUACAAAGGACGGGUUGAUUCGGUAGAGCCUUUUUUUAUUAUUAUUUUCCCUUCAAAACAUUUUAUCUCGCUUUCCACGAUUGUACCAUCUUUAAAGUGGGGCCACUUCAAGCUUGGCAAAAACAGUUCAUCAAAUAAAUUUUACAACAGUUGUAAAAUGUUUUUUUUUUUUUUUUUUUUUU